AGACGAUACAUCGAGACAACUUUUCAUAAAUGUAAAAAUUGAUGGUGGAUCUUUAAAACGUAUAUCAAUAGCUUCAACCAGUUUUUGACAAAAUACAAUUAAUUUUUGUCGAACAUUUGUACACUGAAAACAAAAAUGGUGUUAGACGAAUCCUUUAGGAUUUCGUGGAAGUUUAACGUAUUCCAAAGGUUACUGUGCAGUUAUACGAAAUCUGUAAAAGGUUUAGUGAUAUGCAUGGUUUUGUAUAAAACCUUUAUAAACUCUAAAAACUAAGAAAAGAUUGGGUAUGAAACCAUGUUUAUACGUCUGAACCCCAAAAGUUUCGUAUACAGCCCUUCAUGAGUGUUAGACGUAAAGAAGGUUUUGUGUUAACCCUUAAAUAAUUAUUGGAUGUUCAAGAUCAGUUUCGUAUAAAACGCUUUAAGAGAGUUGGAGCUCAGAAGGGUUUCGUAAAAAACAUUUUGACCACGUUCGAGCAAAAAAAAGGUUUUUUUUCAAACUCUUCAUUAGUUUCAGAGCUUAAAAAGGUUUCGUAUCACAGUCUUCAUAGAAGUUGAAGCUUAAACAGGUUUCGUAUAAAGCCCUUUAUUCUCUGUAGAACUUAAAAAGGUUUUGUAUAAAUCUAUUUAUAUCUUUGGAACUUAAAAGGUUUCGUAUGAAACUCUUACAGAGUCAUUAAUUCGGAAGGGUUUCUUUCAAUACUCUUAGGGGUCCCGUUUAAAACUUUUAUGGGUUCGUAUUAAAACCCUUUCGAGAUACUGAUUGUGGUAACAACAUAGUCUGACAUAACUAACAAAAGCGACCUCUUUUUGACAUCAUAUAUAAAGUGUUCGAAUGUAGACCAAUCGCAUUACUGGCUGAUGGCAUAGCCGGUCUGUGCUCAAUAUAUCCCAUUAAUAAAUACCUAAGGUGAUUUCUAUAGUCUUCUUAUUGCGCGUACUGAUUAAUAUUUUCUUAUCGAAAAGUUUUACAAUCCUUAUAAUCAACUCGCAAACUGUUUAAAAACUGUUGUUUGCUGUCGUAUUUCAAGUAAGUUGUCUUUCUCUCUAAUAUAAUUACGCAAAAAAUUUUGUUUUUCUUAUCAAAUUGCCUUUGAUUUAGUUUUCAUAAAUCGUUGACAAAUUGAUCUUGAAUCUCAUUUUGUUUGAAUUUUGAUCGUUCUGAGAAAAAUAAGCUGGUGAAAUUGUACUAACUUUCACUCAAUAUGUAAGGGUAUUUUUUUUCUUGUCUUCAUGUAUUAAUUUAGUUUUAUUUUCUAGUGUUUAUUUAAAUCAAUCAUAUUUUGCUACAUAAACAUAUUAUUAAACAAUUGCAAGUUUAAAUAAUAUUAUUAUGGACCCUCGACAUUGGAAUUGUUCUCAAGUAAUUCAAUGGUUAUCUUCUUUUAAUAAAAAUCAGCAUGUUCUUGAUGUUUUUACUAGUAAGUGAUCAUGAUGUCUUCGAAUAAUUAUUAUUACUGCUCUCUAUGCACUCAAGACAGGCCAUACUAUGUCUUUCGCGAAUUAUUUAGACACGUACAGUAUGUUCAUAAUGGACAACCAAAUUUUAAAAUUCGAUGUGAACUUAGUCCAUUAUGUGGAAGAGUAUAUUCCACUUUUGCUGGAUAUAAAAGUCACAUUUAUAGAGAGCAUAAAGACCUUGUUGAUGAAGAUUUAUAUAAACAAAGAAUACAACCUAGUAUGAAUACUCAUAAUGAUGGAACAUUAUUGUUGACAAAUCAUGAUACACAAUCAAAUUUUGAUACUCAAACGCAUGAUGAAGAAGAAGAACAAAAUGAGAGAGAGAGAGAAACAGAUGAUGAAGAUGUCAUAUGUUGGCCAUUACUAAUGGAAAAGAUAAGUCGAUCAUCAGAAAAAAAAAUAAAUCUCGACUUCUUCGAAAAGUUUUACGUAGAUUUUUUGCUCAAUCUUAGAGAAGGUCAUUGUUUACAACAAAAUAUAAUCCAUACAAUUACAUCAGGGUUUAAAUCUUUGAUAGAACUAAUUCAUGAAUUAUUGAAAAUGAAAAAUAGAAAUUCAUCGAUCAAAUAUCAGAAUACAGUUACUAAUCCAGCUACAGAUGAUUCUAUCUUAUUAAGUGAUAUGAAUGAAGUUAUUUCAAAUAUUAUAGAACGAAUAACAGGUAUUACAAGGAACGAACAUAGAUUUGUGAAACUUUGUAAAAAAUAUUUUUCUUAUGCAUCACCUAAAGAAAUAAAGCUUGAAAAUGCCAAUCAGACAGCAUUUUAUAUACCAAUUCAAUCCAGUAUCCAGCAAAUGUUAAAUAAAUAUGAUGUUUUAACAAUGCUAAAGAAAAAUUUUAAUGAAAAUGUCAAUCGCAAUGCUGCUGAUACAGAUCUUAUGUUUAAUUAUCGUCACGCAUUACAUGGAAAAGUACAUCCCGUUUUGAAAAAUAAACCUGAUGCACUAUUAUUCCAAUUAUAUAUUGAUGAAAUAAGUUUGACAAAUCCAAUAGGUGCUAAGAAAGACACUCAAAAAAUCACUAUGAUCUAUUUUCAAUUAGAAGAUUUACCUGAUACAGUUAAAUCAAUGUUAAAUUCCAUAGGACUUGUUGCAAUGUGUCACUCGAAUCAUCUAUCUAACAAGUUAAAUAGAAAAAUUUUUUUUGAUCCAAUAGUUGAAGAUCUUAAUGCUUUACAGACGACUGGCGUUUUUAUUCCAAUUCUUGGUGAUUAUUUGAAUUUUGCAUUUACAGUAUUAGUCGGUGAUCAUUUAGCUUCUAAUGAUAUAGGUGGUUUUCAGAAAAAUUUCAAUACUGGAGAAUUUUGCAGACAUUGUCAUGUAAAUUAUGAUCAAAAACUUGUUCCUUUGAAUCAAAUUUCUCAUCCUUGUCGAAUGAGAGAUCAACAUGAUAAUAUAGUUCAACAAAUAAUCAAUUUGAAUAAUAAUGUUGUACUACGUGGUGUUGUUGAUGCAAGUCCAUUAGCAAGCCUAAUAGGUUUUCAUGCUGUUAUUUCCCUCCCCAACGAUCUAAUGCACGACUUUAAUGAAGGUGUUUGUGGACAAUUAUUAAUGGCUAUGUUAAAAGAAGCUUCAACAAAAAGAAUUCUUACUUAUAGUGAAAUUGAAAGUCGGUUAUUAUCAUUUGAAUAUGGUAUUAAUGAUAAAUCAAAUAAACCACCAGUUAUACGAAAAAAACAUUUAAAGAAGGGUAAAAUUGUUGGUACAGCAUCACAACGGAUGUUACUUUUUAAAUUAUUUCCAAUUAUAUUCUACGAUAUAAUUGAUCGAUUAGAAACAAAAGAGAUUUAUAUCUGUUUACGUGAAAUUGUAAGUCUGAUAUUUGCUUGUCCAUUUCGAAAAUCAUGGCUGUCGUAUUUACAAUCGUUAAGUGUUCGUUUUCAAUGUUUAAUGGUUCAUUUACUUCCUCAGCUUGUAAUACCUAAAGUUCAUUUUGUCACAGACUAUGCAAAGCAGAUUGAAAUGAAUGGUCCUGCUAUUCGUCAUUGGUGCAUGCGCUUCGAGUCGAAGCAUCAAGUGUUCAAACGACUUGCUGUUAAGUCCAAUAACUUCAAAAAUAUUCUUUAUACAUUAUCAAAACGUAAUCAAAUGCAUCAAUGUCUUCUUUUAUCAUUUUCUAAUUAUUAUACAAUAGUUAAUGAAGGUUAUUCAUUAUUAGAAAGAGAAUUCUAUACAUUACCAAUUCAUGUUCGUAAACUAUUAGAAAAAUAUGUUGAAUAUAUUGAUCAUACAACCAAAAUCAUCGAAUAUCAACGAUUGAAAUGUAAUCAUGUCAUGCUAAUUAAAGGAUCUGUUGCAUUUUUUUUAGGAGAAGAUAUUGAUGGAGAAACACUUCUUAAUUUACCACAAUCUAUGGUGUACGAAAUAAUCAAGCCACUGAAAGAACGUGUACGUUUUCUAACCGAACAACGUGCUUUAUUUCAUGGGACAUUUCGAAAUAAUUCUGAUCAAUCAACUUCUGAUAAAUGUAAUGAUAUUUUACUAGAUAGUAGCUCUCAAUCAUUAAUUGAAGAAUGUAAUUUUGCGCAUGUUACAACACAAUCAACAAGUGUAUUAGUGACAAAUUAUCAAGAUGACGCUACUGUAUUUGAUUCUUCAUGUAAUCCAGAUAAUAUAAAUGAAGAAACAAGCAUGUCAUCAAAGGAAGAUGACAAUAAAGAAAAUAAUGAUGAUGAUGAAGAAUCAGUUUUUCCAAAUAUAUAUGUUGUACCAGAUUUACCACCAAAACUUCAACAAAUAAUACAGAAAGGUGAAUUAAAUGAAUUUCGUAGUCAUACAAACGUACGUCGACUUUUACUUGAUACUAUUUUUAAUCAUGUGACAAAUGAAUAUUCGUUGCUUUAUCCUAAUAAAGAUCAGUACAAAUCAAUGGGCAAAGCAAUAUUGAAAACAUUAAAUAUUCCCAAAGACAAAGAAACAUUGAAUGAGUGGAUUGAAAGUCUUAAAAACAAGUUUAAACGAGAACGUCGUCCACUUCAGCAAACAUCUGCUGAAGUUCAACAGAUGAAAGUCAAGUAUGGCAAUAGUAUUGGUCGUCCAAUCAAACGAACUAAUAAUUUAAUUGCACCUCGUCGAGUAGUACGAAACACAACAACCAAUACUCAAACUUCAUUCACGACAACAACAGCUCAAUCAACAGUUGUGCAAAAACGAUCACCUGUCUGGAUUUAUUUUGAAAAAAUUCUAAUUGACGGACAGUUGAAAGCAAAAUGUUUAAUUCAUGGAUGUGAAAAAAUUUUAGCAAUACCACUUCAUUCAACUUCAACAUUAAUACGACAUUUAGGUUGUGUACAUAAAUUAAAUGGACUUGAAUCAAAAGAAAAACUUGUCAAUCGAUCACCAAUCAAGAAAAUCUCAUUACAACUAAAGAAAAAACUUGAUGAUGCUGUUAUAGAAGCUAUUAUUCAAGACGGUCGAAGUUUUGGUGAUUUUUCUAAAGCAGGCUUCAAAAAGUUUCUUCAAUUGGCUGUUCCGAACUAUAUCACGCCUUAUCGUAGUACAAUAAGUAAAAAAUUAAAACGUCUUCAUGCAAAACAUUUUGUAUCAAUGAUAGAUUCAUUAACUAAAUUAUCUUCCAUCUCCAUUAGUACCGAUUUUUGGUCCGACUCAAAAGGUAUAUCAUAUCUGGUAUUAACUGGUCAUUUUACAUCAGAUCAAUUUGAUAUUAAUUCAACAGUUCUUCGUUUUUCUACAUUUCAAAAAAGACAUUUCUCAGAAAUUAUUGGUGUUGAAAUUGAAAAUCAAUUGAUCGAAUUGAAGAUACUUGAUAAAGUUAUUAGUAUUACAUGUGAUGCAGCACCUAACAUGGUGAAAAUGUUCGAUUUUUUUUCUCGUUCCGAUAUAACUCGUGUUCGUUGUCAAGCUCAUCUAUUGCAUUUGAUAGUAUGCAAUGGACUCGAUCUUUGGAUCGAAAAAAAGAAAAAAAAAAAUACAACUGAUGAACCAAAUUUAAUUGAAUUAGACGAACGAUUAAGUCAUUCCUUAAAAAAAAUCGAUAUAUUUGAUAUUGAAGAAUCAUUUAUUGAUGAAGGUAGUAGUGAAAAUAAUAGUGAAGGUAUUGAAUUACAAGCUGAAGAUGAAGAAGAUGAUGUUAAUGAUCAACAACAUGAUGAUCUGGAUCGAUAUGAAGGUGAAGAAAAUUUUUCAGAUGAUGAUGAUGAUUUAAGUUCAAUUGAUAGUGAAUAUGAUAGUGAAAAUGCAUAUGAAGUCUAUGAAGAUAAUUUUCAAGUUGGAGUGGACGUGAAUUUGAAUCAAGAUUCUGAUGAAGAAUUACCACAAUUGGAUUCUCGUAUUGGCUUAGUCAUUUACAGUUAG